AAUGCAGAUGAAAUGCAGUCAGAUUCGCGUAAUGACAUAAUGGGCCGCGUUAAUGGAGAAAAGGUGAAGAAGAAGAGAAAGAAAAGUGAAACUCCAGAGCAGCGUCAACUCACUCAAAGUCCAAAGGUGCAGACUGAGAAGCAACGUGAAAAGGUGAAGAAGAACAAGAAAAAGGAACUGGAGAAUAUAAGUCUGCAGACACCUACAGACAAAAAGAAAAAAAGAAAACUGAAUGAAGGUGUGGAGGUUGUCACAAGCCUGCAUAAAGUAAAAGACAAGGCCGCAGAGUCACAAGAGCCGCAGGGUUCAAGAGAACAGAAGCCUGCUAAGAAAAAGAAAAAGAGAGCAGAUGUGACACAGGCAGACUGUGAUGACAUGACACAAGGAGAACAGCCUGUCCUGAUGACAGAACAUGAGGAAGUCCAACACAAGAAGAAAGAUGAGGAAAGUGGCUUACCUGCUGUACUAAUUGGUUUAAAGAACGUUAAAUGCAGAUGA